UUCUCACUCUACCCCCACGUCCACAAAAAGAAUUCUCUCUCUCUCUCUCUCUCUCUCUCUCUCUCUCUCUCUCUCUCUCUCUUGUCAUUUUCUCACAUAUACUUCACACAAAGGAAGCAAACAACCAUUCUCUUCAUCCUUGUCAUUCCUUCUCUCUCCCCCUCUCAACCUCAAAUCUCUGCAACUACUCCCUUCAGCUGAUCCCUUCUCAAACGCCCAUAUCUGAAGCAAAAGCCACAAAUCUCUCACCUCAAAAUUCAAAACCCAGAUCAUCAAAAGUCAUCAAUAACCUUCUUUGAUCCCCUACCAAACCCUCUUACACCCCACUGAUCAGUAAUCAUCUACCCAAGAAUAAAGUUCCUAAAAAACCCCUAAAAGAAUAACUGAAGCAACAAUAACAAUAGCAACAACAAGGAGGAGGAGGUGGUGGUAUAUAGAGUUUGAGAGGGUUAAGGGUGUGUUUGGUAGGAGGAAGAUGGAGCUGUUUCCAGCACAACCAGACUUAUCUCUACAAAUCAGCCCUCCAAACAGCAAACCAACAACAGGUUGGGGUAGUAGUAAUAGGAGGAAAGAUCCAGAAGAAGAUGAUCAUCCUCACAUGGAUUUGGGUUUUUGGAGAAGAGCUUUGGACUCUUCUUCAAUGUCAACAAAACCGGCCGAAACCCGGUUCGAUCUUCCCAUCUCCAAUAAUAGGGCUUCUAAACCCAACUCGGUUCAUAAUUUCCCAUUUCACCCCCCUAACUUCAUCCAUUCCUUUCAGCAAAACCAGUACCUACAACAACAGCAACAGCAACAGCAACAAGGGCUUUUUAGUCCAGAGCUAGGUUUCUUGAGGCCCAUAAGAGGGAUUCCGGUGUACCAAAACUACCCUUCUUUUCCAUUCUCCAAACAGUCGUUAGACGAUAGUUACAACAACACUGCCGGUGGUACUACUACGACCCCCAAGAGUACUACUCCAAGUGGGUUUUUUGGUCAGUCUCAAGGGGUAAUUCGGUCAAGAAUUUUUUCGAGGUUUCCGGCUAAACGGAGCAUGAGAGCACCUCGUAUGCGGUGGACUACCACUCUCCAUGCUCGAUUUGUUCAUGCUGUUGAGCUCUUGGGUGGGCAUGAAAGAGCUACACCCAAGUCAGUUCUAGAGCUGAUGGAUGUCAAAGAUCUCACCUUGGCACAUGUCAAAUCCCACUUACAGAUGUAUAGGACAGUGAAGACAACCGAUCGAGCUGCGGCAGCUUCUUCAGAUGUAUAUGAAAAUGGGUCUUCUGGAGACACUUGUGAUCAAGAUAUGAUGUUUGAAGUCCCAAACCCUAGAAAAUCUGAAAUAUCAGUUCAACAGGGAAGGCCAAAUUUGUAUGAAGAUAAGGAGUAUCAUAGCCUUUGGAGCAACUCUUCAAGGGAAGCUUGGUUGCAUGGCACACAAAGGGAUUUUGGAGGAAACAUGACAACUCCUGAGGAGAUAUUGGAUCCAAAGUGCACAAGCUAUGAGAGACUAUCAGAUGUAAGCUCUUCCAUCCUUUCAGAGACAAGCCCCAGCAAGCCCAGUCUGGAGUUCACUUUGGGCACACCUCAUUGAUAAUAUUUACAUAUACAUAAAUCAUUCUGAAUUAAUUAGUCAUGGAUUAUCCGUCCGUAUCUAUGAGAAUCAGCUGUUACUUUCUUUGAAAAAUCAGAGAGGAAAAGAAAAAGAAAGAGUAAAAAGGAGAGCUAAAGAAAGACAAGGAGACAGUAAAGACAGAGAUGUGAGCCUGUGAGAUUCACAUUCAAUAUAUUUUAUAUUGCUAGUAAAUAUAUGAGAUCUAAUUGAUCUUGUAUGUUGUGCACAUAUAGAGAGAGAGAGAGAGAGAGAGAGAGAUAUGUUAAAAGUAGGAUGUGGUCCUUGGUAAAUGUAAUGGAGCACUUUACAUUUAGCAAAAAAGGAGCAUAAUUUUGCCAAAGGAGUU